UCACUACGCAGGCACUGUGCGUCGCACGCGCCGCUGCUGUCGCCACUCGCCGCGGCCUGUGGAAGCGCCGAUCUCCGCUCCGGCCGCCGCCUCAGACCCGGCCCCGCCAUGUACCCGGCCUGGGGGCUGUACGGGGCGGCGGGGCACUACCCGCCGCCCCCCACCUCGAUACCGCCCCCGCCGCUGCCCGUACCCCCGCCCGUGAUGCCCCCCUCCGUCCCGCCGCCGAACUACCCGCCCCCGGGCCCCGGCGUGGCCCCCGCGCCCGGUGCCUCGGGCUUCCUGAGCCUGCAGGAGCAGCACCUGGCCCAGCUGCAGCAGCUGCAGCAAAUGCACCAGAAACAGAUGCAGUCGGUACUUCUGGGGGGUCCCCCGCCCGGGCCGCCGCCCCCGGGUCUGCCCCCUCCGCCUCUCCCCGGCUCCUUCACCGACUGGCCGCCGCCAGUGCCGCCCCCCGUCCGCAGCUACCAGAAGCAGUUCAAGCACCGCGAGCCGCCUCCGCCGCCCCCACCCCGGGACCCCCAGGUCUGCAAGCCCCCGGCGCCCCCCCUGCCUCGAGAGCAUGAGACCCUCCAGCCGUCUCAGCCCCACAGCGACUGGGAGCACCUGCCUUCUUCCCCAGUGCCCAUGGACAUGGAGCUGUCCUCUCCGCCACAGUCGCCCCCACCGCCUGAGCAGGCCUAUCCACCCCCUUCACAGGCCUAUGUCCCCCCAGCUCAGUCUGAACCCUAUAUUCCCCCGGCCCAGCCACCCCCUUCCCAGUCCCCUCCGCCCCAGUCUUAUUUGUCCCAUUCUCAGCUCUCCCAGCCACCGCCACCAUCCUAUUUGGAGCCCCCUCCAUCAACUGCCCCUCAAUCUUAUUUAGCCUCCUCCCAAUCCUAUCAGACACAUUCUCAAUCUUAUUUGUCCCCUUCCCAAUCAUCCCUUUCCCAACCAACCCAGUCUAGUUUGACACCUUCCCUUUCUCAGUCUAAAUCUCACUUUACUACAUCCCAGUCAUCCUUGCCCCCUUCCACUCCUGCUCAGCAAGAGGCAGUGCAGAGUGCUGCUAAGGACACCAGUGACAGUUCUGACCAGCACAGCACCCCACAACCAGACCCUUCCACUAUGACCCCGCAGGAACAGCAGCAGUAUUGGUACCAGCAACACUUGCUAAGUCUGCAGCAGAGGGCAAAAGCACAUGCACAGGGACAGCAGCAACCGAAGGGUCCAGGAGUAGUGAAGGAUGCACCUGAGCAGAGAAUACAGCAAGAAGAAGGGAAAGUGACUGCUCCUAAUCAGCAGUCUGAACCGCCUUCACUUAACGAGCCCCUAAUACCAGCUUCCAAAAAAGAGGACCCUCCUGUCUCAUCUACUGAACCUAAGCUGAAUAUUGAACCUCCUGAGGACUCUGAGGAAGAUUUGAGGUUGCAGCAGUUGCAGGUGGCAGCAGCUCAGUGGCAGCAACAUCCACACCAUCGAGUUGGCUUUCAGUAUCAGAGAAUAAUGCAGAAGCAUGCUCAACUGCAACAGAUCCUACAGAAGUACCAACAGAUCAUACAACAGCCACCCCCCCCACAGACAAUGUCAGUGGAUAUGCAGCUGCAGCAUUAUGAGGCGCAGCAGAAACAGUUUCAACAACUUCACAAAGAAUGGGAGCGUGAAUUCCAAGGAUGGCAGGAUCAACUUCAGACCUAUCCUCACAAAGAUCAGCUCCAGGAGUAUGAGAAACAGUGGAAAACAUGGCAGGGACAGAUGAAAGCUACUCAGUCCCAUCUGCAGGAGAAAGUGAACUCGCUUCAAAACAUGAAGAAUCAAUACACUGGGAAUGUUGCAUUGCCACCUCCUUUUGUUCCAUGCUCUCAAACCUCUCAAGGAGGCGUGCCUGUUUUGCCUCCAUCUUUGCCUUCAACUGCCCCUCCGCAGGUUCCCCCACCUCUGUCUUCUGAUCCUCAGUUGUCUAACUCAUCUGAACCCCCAACAUCCAGUCUUCAGGUUUUCCAGUCCACUAAGACAACCAGGCCAGCUCUGCUUCCUAUCCCUGAUUCUUUUGUAUUUAAAAUACCUGGUUCAUCUGCAACUUUACCUUGUCAUUCUGAUAUAACUACAUCUGCUGACUCUUCAGACCAAGGAAACUCUCAAGUUCAUCUGGGUAAGCAAGCGGUGCCAUUUGUUUCUGUUUCAUCUGAACCAGCAUCUGGAGAACUGAAAACUUCUUCUACAGUAUCUUCAACCUAUGUACCCCCAACCUCCAACGUUCAAGAUAAACCAGUGAGAUCAGGUGGAUUGCUUCCAGACCCACCCAGAGGCACAUACUUCGAAGGACCAAGAGGUCCUAGGUUUGAUGGACUUCGGGGAAGAGGCUUUGACAGAUUUGAAGGGCCAAGACAGAGAGGACCUCGUUUUGAAGGCCAGCACUUGGAAGGGCCAAGGCCAAGAUUUGAAGGUCAGAAUUCAGAUGCACGGUCUUCAAGCAAAUGGGGGACUAUCCCCCGUGGGCCAGCAGCACAGUUUUAUACAUCCCCAAGUACAUCACAGAUGCACAGUUCCCGACCAAGUGGAUCACAGUGGAGGGGGCCCAGACCUCCUUUUGGACAACAGCAGUCUCAAGCAGAGUCCCGAACAGAAAACAGAGAAGCUUUUGCUGAUGCAGCUGUCAACAAGGAGUUGGCAAAUAGAACUCAGUCUACUCCAAUUUCCUUUGAUACAGAUGCAAAGAAUUCUGGUCCAGUUCAGCCAGCUGAGGAUCUGACAAAAGCUCAACAGGAACCACCCAAAGCUGAAGUCAAAAAAGUUAUUCCUGGGCCUAAAAAGUGGACGUGGAGUUCUCAGGAUCCUGCACAGCAAGUAGAAGAGACAAAACCAACUACUCAACCUCCACCCAUUCAGAAUCAAAAACCAACACCACUUCCCAGUACACCUGUAACUGUGCAGUCUACUAUUCCUCCGAGAACAGGAGGAACAGCAGCCUUACCUCCAUCCCCUGUAACAGGAAAUACAGACUUGAAAUCUACAGAUAGUAAAUUGCCCCUUUCAGAAAAUAGCCAGGGUAAAGGACUACCUGGAUCAGAAAAUAACCAGGGUAAAGGGCCGGUUCAACCAGAAGAUAAUAGAGGCAAUGGACCAGUAAGCAGAGGCAGGGGGCAGGGCAGGCUGGAGGACGGCCGAGGCAGGGGGCAGGGCAGGCUGGAGGACGGCCGAGGCAGGGGGCAGGGCAGGCUGGACGACGGCCGAGGCAGGGGGCAGGGCAGGCUGGACGACGGCCUAGACAGGGGGCAGGGCAGACUGGAAGACUGCCGAGGCAGGGGGCUAACAAACAGAGGCAGAGGAUUGCCCAGACAGGCAGCCACCCGAGGCCGGGGGAUGAUCCAGAGAAUGAGCAGCCGGGAGGAGCAGCUGGAUAGGCGGUCAGGUAGCAGGGAGAAGUUGCCAGAUGGGCAGUCAGGCAAUUGGGAGAUGGGGCCAGUUGGGCGGUCAGGCAGCCGAGAGAGGGUGUUGUCCAGCCGAGACAAGGAACCAGCUGGCCGGGCAGACAGCAGGGAUAGGGGGCAGUCAGGAAGCUGGGAGAGGGGCCCCGUCAUGCGGGCUGAAAGCCGGGAGAGGGGUCCCGUCAUGCGGGCUGAAAGCUGGGAGAGGGGUCCUGUCAGGCGGGCAGGAAGUCGGGAGAGGGGUUCUGUCAGGCGAUCAGGUAGCCAGGAGAGGGAAAUGGGCAGGCCUGAAACAGGCAGUAUUGAUAAACCAAUCCACCUAGGAGACAACUCUGAGAAAUUAUCUCUGUAUCAUCGAGAGGAACCAACAAGGGCUCCCUGGAGUCAUGAAGAGGAGAGAAUGCAAGAGGAACCUUCAUUAGAUAGACGAGAUGCCCGUCCUUUAGAGCGCGAACAAUUGGAUGAUUGGGAAAGAGAUCGAUAUUGGAGAGAGCGUGACACAGAUAUUCAGGAUGAUCACCUGGAUCCAUAUGAUAGAGAUGACAGGUUACCACUGCAUCUUUCAUUGCCUCCACUGUCACCUCUUCCUCCUCUACCUCCUUUGUCUUCUGAUCUUGACAGACGAGACACUUGGUGGGAUGAUUGGGAAAGGCCCAGGGAGAGGGAGUUGGAUAGAGAUCUGGACAGGAUUGGAAGACCCUUAGAUAUUUAUGAUCGAGAAUUUGAUAGAGAAUGGGACAGAGAUUACUUGAGACCUCUGGAUGACAGAGAUACACCGAGUCAUGACCUGGACAUUCCUCCUCUUCCACCUUUGCCACCACUUCCACCUCUGGACAGGUACCGUGAGGACCGGUGGAGGGAGGAAAGAGACAGGGAUCUCUAUGAUAGAGACCUCCGAGACAGGGGGGAGUUGAGGAUCCGAGAGUAUCCAGAGAGGCGUGAUACAUCGAGGGAGAAGCGAGAUUACCUUCCUGAAAGGACUGACUGGGAGAGGGAACGGUUGUCGGAUAGAUGGUAUCCUGAUGAAGCAGACAGACUACGACCUUUGGAGGAUCAGCUUGAUCCAUCCCUUCCACCACCACGUUCAUCUGACAUGCUGGGAGCAGAGCCAAACCUGGACCCUGAACAGUCACUUGGAGGGGUAAUGGUCCUUAGUCAAAGGCAGCAUGAAAUAAUCCUCAAGGCUGCCCAGGAGCUGAAAAUGCUUCGGGAACAAAAAGAACAGCUGCAGAAGUUGAAAGAGUUUGUGCCUGAUCCCCACCUGCCAUCACAGGAAACUUCUAGAUCACAAACCACAACUACAAGGCCACGUGCCUUUCAGGCGUCUUCUCAACUGCCACCUGAGUCACCAAUAGAAUCUCAACCUAUCAAACCUUCUCCUGCUGUUAUUAUAAAGCCACCAGUGUUGUUCAGGCAGCCCACACCGGUGACGAGGCCAGGUGCCCCGGUGACAAGGCCAGGUGCCCCGGUGACGAGGCCAGGUGCUCCAAUUCCUGCUUCAGCUACAACCUCAAGUCAGGCUCCUGCAAUAAAGCCAACAUCUGGUGUGAAACAGGAACGUUGGGAUGAGGAUUCUUUUCAUGGACUCUGGGAUACCAGUGAAGAUAAAGGAGCAAAUUUGGAGUAUGCAUUAUGUAAACCAGAAUCAGUGCUGCCACCCUCAGUGUCAUCUUCUGGGAAAAUACCUCCUCCAGGUCAUACUCCCAUUCCAUCAUCUGUACCAGCAUCAAUUCCUAAACCACCUCUAAUUCAACAGACUGUGGAUUAUGGCCAUGGGCGGGAUAUAACCACCAGUAAAGUUGAACAAAUUCCCUAUGGGGAGAGAAUAACUCUGCGUCCAGAACCUCUGCCUGAGAGACAACCAUUUCCAAAAGACCAUCAAGGCCAGCGGGAUCGUUACAACAGAGAGAGGGAUCGUGAGUCUUACUUUGAGCGCCAAGGCAAUGCUAACACAGAUUACCGAGAUUUUAAAAGGGAGCGGGAGCUGCACAGAGACAGAGGCUCAGGAGACUAUGAUCGAGAGAGGUUUGAGAAAGAACGCCAUGUUCGAGAGGACAGGGCACCUCCAACUGGACCUUCAAGGACUCAGUCUUACCGUGACAAGAAAGACCAUCCCUCCUCAAGGCGAGGGGGCUUUGAAAGACCAUCAUAUGAACGAAAGCCUGAUCGCCCGACCUAUGAUCAUGGACCUUCCAUGUUUGGAGGUGAUCGGAGAAAUUACCCUGAGGAGAGGAUGCCUAUUUCAGCUCCAUCAGUACCUCGCCAGCCACCCCCUGCUCCCCGGGUAGAGAGGAAACCAGAGUCUAAGAAUGUGGAUGAUAUUUUGAAGCCACCAGGACGGGACAGCAGGCCAGAGAGGAUUGUCAUCAUAAUGAGAGGAUUGCCAGGCAGCGGAAAGACACAUGUAGCAAAGCUCAUCCGGGACAAAGAGGUGGAGUGUGGAGGACCUGCACCCAGAGUUCUCAGCCUGGAUGACUAUUUCAUCACUGAAGUGGAGAAAGAGGAGAGAGACCCAGAUACAGGGAAAAAAGUGAAAAAGAAGGUGAUGGAGUAUGAGUAUGAAGCUGAUAUGGAAGAGACCUACCGCACCAGUAUGUUUAAAACUUUCAAAAAGACCUUGGAUGAUGGCUUCUUCCCUUUCAUUAUCCUGGAUGCCAUCAAUGACAGGGUGCGCCAUUUUGAGCAGUUCUGGAGUGCAGCGAAAACCAAGGGCUUUGAGGUGUAUUUAGCUGAGAUGAGUGCAGAUAACCAGACUUGUGCCAAGAGGAAUAUCCAUGGACGCAAGCUAAAGGAGAUCAAUAGGAUGUCUGAUCACUGGGAGACUGCACCACGUCACAUGAUGCGCUUGGACAUUCGUUCUUUGUUGCAGGAUGCUGCUAUUGAAGAAGUGGAGAUGGAGGAUUUUGAUGCUAAUAUUGAAGAUCAGAAAGAAGAAUCCAAGAAAGAUACCGCUGAGGAAGAAGAAAGCGAACUGGGUUACAUUCCGAAAAGCAAAUGGGAGAUGGACACUUCUGAGGCAAAGCUAGACAAGCUGGAUGGCUUGCGGACAGGCACAAAGAGGAAACGUGAUUGGGAAGCAAUUGCCAGCAGGAUGGAGGAUUAUCUUCAGCUUCCAGAUGACUAUGAUACACGUGCUUCUGAACCUGGCAAGAAGAGGGUGAGGUGGGCAGACCUAGAAGAAAAGAAGGAUGCAGACAGGAAGAGGGCCAUUGGUUUUGUGGUUGGACAAACGGAUUGGGAGAAGAUCACAGAUGAAAGUGGUCAUCUUGCUGAGAGAGCCCUCAACCGCACCAAAUAUAUCUGAGACAAUUAUUAUGUGGAAUUUUUGUACCUUUAAGGCCAUUUACUUUGAGGAGAACUGAACCUGGCGUGGCAUGAGCAUCCUACAUGGAUCAUGUCACUACCAUCUUCACAGAUUAUUUUUGUUUCUUUUGUUGUUUUAGUUUCUGAAAGUUCCUUGAAAUAUUGGCAGGUGAUAACCAGUGUCCCCAAAAGACAUACAAUUCUGCUGCACCUAAGCGAGAGAGUUUUCAUUUUAAUAUUUUUUGGAGGGGAGGGGGAGGGUCAGUAGUUUUAGCUGCUAUGCGUGGGGUAGGGUGGAAAAAUUAGGCAGAGAAUGUUUCCUCCACUGUACUGUAACAGAAUGUCUGUAUCACCUUUGCUUUGUGGCCAUUCUCGUUUUAUACUGUACGUACCUUGUAGCUUAUUGUACUAGGAAGCAGAACAAUAAACUUUCACUAUAAACCCAGUGAGUUUGGUGGGCCAUACAGCAUGGGCCUUUCUCUUGGUGUUUGUUUUAUCUUUUAAAUGUGGUCUGUCUUCACAUGUUGACAGAAUGUUCAAAAUCGCCGUCAUCUGGAAGAGGCAUCAUGCUUCUAUUUGAGUGCAUGUCUUACCUGGGGACUCCAGGAGCCACCUGCUCUCCUCUUUGUAGCCAGCUGUUUUUUUAGGUCUUGGCUCUUGUUGGCCUACAGUAAUUUUACAUCUUCUCUGCCAUCUUGGAGGGCAGCUGCUCUUUGAAGUGUUUUCUGGAUUGUUAGUUUCUCAGCUGUUUUAAAUUUCCAUUGCUACCUGUGGGUUUGAAUUUAAUUCUGUGGUACUGAAAUACUCCAGGUAGUAAUGUGGAGUGUGAAAAAAGUUCCUUUAUUGCUGAGUUUGAAAUUAAACCAAGUAAUGGAAAACUGUGAAUGUGGGAAGCCCUCUCAAUGGGAGCCCAGAAAGUCCCUGUGGUCACAAUAGGUCAUGUUGUCUAUUCGACUCCCCAUCAAUGCAUAUUCAUUCCCUUCACAAAAUUUAAUUUCACUUAAAAGUAGUGAAAACUUUCAGAUCUAGAACUAAAGGAUGCCUUGGUCUGGCCAAGAAAUGGGCUUCACUUGAUGUAAAAGAUGGAUUAAAUAAUUGUCCAAGUUGAGAACAACGGGGUAGGAGCUUUAUGUACAAUAUCAUUUGUCUCAUCACUCAUCCACAGUAUUACAGAUUUGCUAAUGAUCAAGUUGAAUAGAUCAUUUUUGUUCUUUCUGGGUUUCCAAACCAAGGGCUUAUGUUAAGACUUGUAUGGAAAGAGAACAUGCUAGAUUAUCUGAAAAAUGUCUUAGUUGAUGGUGAAUUAUUUGAAACUGCUGUCCUGUAUACUUUUGAAGAAAGUGAAAUUCUGAAAGCUUCUUCUGUGCUCCCUGUUGCUCUGCUGAGUGAUUACAUUGCAAAUUGCUUCUAAGUUUAUUAACCAGUCAAGACUGAUGAGGGCAUUGUUUGGUACAUUAAAGUAGAGCCAUUGUUUGUAAUA